AUGCCGCAAGCUCGCCGCAAGACUCCCUUCAGCGGGAAAGCUAAAAAGCAGCAGUUGCAGUCUAAGAAACAAAACAAGACCCUUCUGAUGUCCACCUCAUCAGGCACGACCUCGUACGACGUGGUAUCAGUGAACUACCAGCCGACGCGCGGGCGAGGCGGCCGAGACACCAACAGAUACGCGCUCAAGUUCUACAGAGAGACUGAAGAGGAACUGAAGAUUAAAAAGGAAGAAGCACUUAAAGAGCUAAUUCCGGUACCAGAAAAAGACUUAGAAGUCAAUCCUGUGGACUACUUCCCAGCGGACGUAUCAUUCCCGAAGCGACCGCCAUGGGACUUUAAUAUGACCCCGGCACAACUAGACGCGCAGGAACAGAGAUAUUUUAAGAACUACAUAGACAUUCUCCAAGCAUCAGAGCACUGGAAGAAGAUGUCGUACUUCGAGCUGAACCUGGAGACCUGGAGACAGCUGUGGAGGGUCCUAGAAAUGUGUGACAUACUGUUGCUUAUUGUCGACGUCAGAUACGCUGGCAUGAUGUUCCCGCCAUCCCUCUACUCGUAUAUACAGGAACAGAAAAAGGAUAUGAUUCUAGUGCUAAACAAGAUAGACCUAGUACCCUCCUCAGUAGUAGCGGGGUGGAAACAAUACCUGACUACUGCUUACCCCGCGCUCAGAGUAUUGUACUUCACCUCCUGUCCUGCUUACAACCUUCGCGGAGUAACUAGCGAUAAGGCAGGCCUCCAAGUAAGACGCCGCAAGGGUAAGCAGCGUAUGUGUGCAGAAGGAGCCACGAAGAUACUCGAAGCGUGCAAGGAGAUAGUCAAGGGAGAAGUAGAUCUCUCUUCUUGGGAGAAGAAGAUCAAAGAAGAGACUGACGUGGAGUUUGAUUAUGAUGAAGGCGCUCAGAUUGGAGAGACGAUAUUAGAAAAAGCUGACACAUCAUUCUACACGCACGAACGCUACAAGUCCGGCGUCCUAUCUAUUGGCUGCGUGGGACAGCCUAAUGUCGGCAAGUCGUCCCUAUUGAACGCCCUAAUGGGACGCUGCGUGGUAUCCGUCUCCAAGACUCCGGGACACACGAAGCACUUCCAGACUAUUUAUUUGACGCCUCAGGUACGACUAUGCGACUGUCCCGGUUUGGUGUUCCCGUCGACAGUUCCCCGGCCGAUACAAAUACUCAUGGGAUCCUACCCCAUAGCGCAGUUACGGGAACCUUACACUACAAUUAGGUAUCUGUCAGAGAGACUGGACAUGCCAAAGCUUCUACGCAUAGAACACCCAGAAGGCGACGACACUUGGUCCCCGCGAGACAUAUGCGAUGGAUGGGCCAAGAAGAAAGGGUACCUUACUGCUAAAGCGGCCAGAUUAGACACAUAUAGAGCGGCGAACAGUCUGCUUCGGAUGGCUCUCGACGGCAGAAUUUGCCUGUGGCUUCGACCGCCAGGGUUCGCGGAACAUCGAGAUAAAUAUGAAGCUUGCGAAGAAAUUAAGUACAUCAGAUGGGUGCAAGCGCUGACGUCAGACCAAGAAGAACAGAAGUCAGAUGUUCUGACGUCAGAAUCUGAUGACGACAGACAUUCUGAUGACUCUGACGCUGACGAUGAUAGCACUGAUGACAGCGAAACGGCUGCUAUAGCGAAUAAGUUCGCCGCUUUAGCGGGCGAUGAUUAA